CUUCCCUCAGUGUGUUCAGCAACGGAGAGCAGCAGACUGCUAAACGGUCGCAGCAGGAGCAGCAAGCGAGCGGGCGGGGGGGCGAAGCUGGAGCCAGACAGCCAAGACCGCCGCCGCCGCCGCCCCCCCCGCACGGUUUUUUUCCAGGGGGAGGGGGAGGCUGCGCUCUUCCGCCCCUCCUGUCCACCCUCGCCCACAUUCCGCCCGGUGAGGACCCCUCUGCCCUCCAUUGCCGUGGUGAUCUGCAGCAGCCGUUGGCAAGGCUUCUCUGCAGGGGGGGUCUGGGCUCCUCUUGCCGGGCAGCUGAGGCAUGGGCUACAGGCAGAAGAGACCCUCAGGCAGAGGCAGGCGGGGGUCAGAGUCUGUGUAGAGUGAGGGCUGGGGAGGGGAAGAGACUAGCGGGAGACCUGCGCUGCCUGCCCAGCUCUGUGUGUGUGUGUGUGUGUGUGUGGAGGGUGCAUGUACAUGUGUGGCUUCCAGCCCUCCACAGGCUGUGAGGAGGCGAGAGAGGCUCUGUGGCUCCCUGCUAUGCACUCUGCCCGGCCGUGAAGGCGAUGUCCGAGGGCAACAUGGAAGGUGAGCGGCUGCCCAGCCUCCAGGCCUUUGCCAGCGCCUCCUCUCUGCACGGGGUGAGCCACAUCUUUGCCUAUGGCUCUCUGUCUUUCCGGCGCAUGGUCUGGACCCUCUUCUUCCUGGGCUCCCUGGGGCUUUUGGCCCUGGUGUGCAUGGAGCGCAUUGCCUACUUCUUCACCUACCCUCAAGUCACUAAGCUGGAUGAGGUGACUGUCCCCAGCCUCACUUUCCCAGCCGUCACCAUCUGCAACCUCAACGGGUUCCGCUUCUCCAAGAUCACCCGCAACGACCUCUACCACGUGGGGGACUUGCUGGCUCUGCUCAGCUCCCGCCACGAGAUCAGCAACGCCCACCUGGCCGACCCAGAGACUCUGGCUGCCCUGCAGGAGAAAGCCAGCUUCAGGGGCUUCAAGGCCCUGCCCUUCAACAUGGCCGAGUUCUACAACCGUACGGGCCAUGACUUGGGCGAGAUGCUGUGGCAAUGCACCUUCCGAGGGGUAAACUGCAGUGCCAGCAACUUCACUGUGAUCUUUACCCGUCUGGGCAAGUGCUACACGUUCAACUCGGGGGCUCCCGGCCACGAGCUGCUCACGACCGUCAAGGGCGGCACCGGCAACGGUCUGGAGCUGAUGAUGAACAUCCAGCAGGACGAAUACCUGCCCGUCUGGGGAGACGCCGACGAGACCUCCUACGAGGCCGGGGUGAUGGUGCAGAUCCACGGCCAGGAGGAGCCACCCUCCGUCGACCAGCUGGGCUUCGGCGUGGCCCCCGGCUUCCAGACCUUUGUUUCCUGCCAACAGCAAAGGCUCCUCUACCUCCCGCCACCAUGGGGCGACUGCAAAUCCAACCCCACUGAGUCCGCCUUCUUCGCCAACUACAGCAUGGCUGCCUGCCGCCUUGACUGCGAGACGCGCUACCUGGCAGAGAACUGCAACUGCCGCAUGGUGCACAUGCCAGGUAACGCAAACCUCUGCACCCCGGAACAGUACAAAGAGUGUGCCGACCCUGCCCUGGACUUCUUGGUGGAGAAAGACAGCAAGUUCUGCUCCUGUCAGACACCCUGCGAGACGGUGCGCUACGGCAAGGAGCUUUCCGUGGUCAAGAUCCCCAGCAAGGCCUCAGCAAAGUACCUGGCAAAGAAGUACAACCGCAGCGAGCAGUACAUUGCGGAGAACCUUCUGGUGCUGGACAUCUUCUUUGAAGCUCUGAACUACGAGACCAUCGAGCAGAAGAAGGCCUAUGAGGUGGCUGGCCUGCUGGGGGACAUUGGAGGUCAGAUGGGCCUCUUCAUUGGAGCCAGCCUCCUCACCAUCCUGGAGAUCUUUGACUACCUGUAUGAGGUGCUGAGGGAGAAACUUCUCACCUACUACCAGGCCAGGAAGCAGGCUGACCGGAGCACCAGCGACAAUCUGGCAAAGAAGCUGAAUGUUGGAAGAUUCAGGACAGACAAAAGGAAGUACUUCUUUACUCAGCGCAUAGUUAAACUAUGGAAUUUGCUCCCACAAGAUGCAGUAAUGGCCACCAGCUUGGAUGGCUUUAGAAGAAGAUUAGACAAAUUCAUGGAGGACAGGGCUAUCAAUGGCUACUAGCCAUGAUGGGUGUGCUCUGCCACCCUAGUCAGAGGCAGCAUGCUUCUGAAAACCAGUUGCCGGAAGCCUCAGGAGGGGAGAGUGUUCUUGCACUCGGGUCCUGCUUGCGGGCUUCCCCCAGGCACCUGGUUGGCCACUGUGAGAACAGGAUGCUGGACUAGAUGGGCCACUGGCCUGAUCCAGCUUCAGGCUCUUCUGAUGUUCAUUAGCCACAGGGCCCGCCCCACUUUGCAGGAACAUGAAGCUGCUGCUUCAGGGAGUGCCAGAAUCUGCUGCUCAUCGUUGUGCAGCCUGUCAGGUCUACAAAGCAGGACAGGAAGUAUUCCAAGUAAAUAGAAUUAAGAGAGAAAGUGCCAGGGAUUUUCCAGGAGCAGCAGCCUGCCAGCGCUCACCUUGUCCUAGGCUGGAGGUAGCCUGCUGGCUCACUGGUGGUGCAUUUCCACCUGCCUCUGCAGCCUGGACAGCAGCAGGGAGGCCGCAACUCAGUGGAAGAUCGCCUGCUUUGUGAUCCCUGAAACCCUGGCGAGGUGCUGGCGAUCAGUGUUUACAGUACUGAGCCAGAUGGCCCCAGCUCUGACUUGAAGGCGGCUCCCAGGCAAGGUCCCCCUCGCCAACAACGGUGAUGGUGCUUUACUCAAAUGGCUGCUUUGCCUACAGGGCAGAGUUGCAGCUGACAAGGGACACCUGUCCUCUGCCUCCCCCAAAGAGCAUCAAUCUGGUUCAGGCACUUCCUGGGGGGAUUUACCCUUGAACCGAAGUGGCCAACAGUGGCCUUGGAGGGCCUCUUUUUCAAGGCCUGCACAUUUGCCUUCCCCCCCAGUGCAAUAUGAGGAAGCAAUGGGAAUCGGCCCCCUGGCUCAGCUCACAGGCUGGCUACCUCGUGGCAUUUGGGGUGGGCAUUGGGCUACCACAGGCAGAGGCUAAGUGGGGCGACUGCCAUGCAGUUGCUUCUCCCCCCCCCUCCGCCACGCACACAUUGCAUAGAUUUGUCUACUGAGUGCAAAAGAGGGCUCUUUGGGGGCUCUUGCGCUAGCAGCCCCCUUGGAUGACGGAGGAGCCACACUGAGCUGCAAAGAGCUGUUGCAAAGGUGGGGAGGAGGAGGAGGAGCUGGGUGCACCUCCCCCGCUGAGCCAAAGGAAAGACACUUAAAGCUUGAGCAGGGUGCAUGUAUCCACACACUCACAGGCACAUGCCUGGACUUUAGCUGGGAUGUGAGGACACUACAGAAUGGUCCACUCUGGCACGGAGUGUGUCAGCAAACGUGGGCAAGGAAAAUCCGGGGAGGGGGCAACUGUGAAGCUGUCCUUGCUGGCAGUUGGUGGGUGGGUGCGUGGGAGGGCCCCAGUGCACAUUGCGUCCCUCCAGCGCUGGGAGCCAGAAAGAAAACCAAGCGGGAGGCAGGAGCCCUUCUCACGGAAACCGGCCAUCCAGCCCUUCUCUCUGCUCAGUUAGAGCUCCCCUCGGUCCUGUUCUCUCCCCACCAAAUUGCCAGCACUUCGUCCCUGUGUCUGGGCUCAGGCAGCACCUCCUCCCUCCAUUUCACCUGCCCACAGCAUCACUGGCUCAUCUGGGGUGGGGUCCCCCAACACUCGCCCACACCGUGCCGAGGCGGCGUUGGGGUUGCUGCGGAACCAGCUCAGCCCUGUUUCGUGGGGAGAGGUGGGCACGCGCACGCACACACUCCUGCCUGCGGGCGGGUGGCAAACAGUGGACUCUGCCCCCCCCGCUGCUGCUGCUGCUGCUGCUCACCCCCCCUCUC